CAUCUGCUCUUCAAUUUUGUAAAUAUUUUCAAUUUUGGUCUUUUAAACAAUUCCGCCAAUUGUAAUUUUUUUGAAUUCUUUUUAAGUCCCAUACAUUUAACUUCAUCUGGUUUAUUAGUUUGGGCUUUUAGGCCCGCUGUCUUAUUUUUUUUUACAUAAAUACUUUGUUAUAAAACAAAGUCAUCAUGGGAGGUGGAAAUAUUAAAGUAGUUGUUCGAUGUCGACCUUUGAAUUCUAGAGAAAUUGCCCGGGGGGCAAAAUGUCUCAUUAGAAUGGAGGGAAAUCAAACGUUUAUUACCAGGCCAGAUUCAAAUGACCCUGGAAAUUCUAAAGCUGCUAAACGAGAUGGUGUUGAAGAUGUGAAAUCGUUUACGUUUGAUAAAUCAUAUUGGUCUUUUGAUAAGAAUGAUCCAAAUUAUGCCACCCAAGCAAUGUUAUAUAACGAUCUCGGUGAAGAACUUCUCGACCACGCUUUUGAAGGGUACAAUACAUGUAUUUUUGCCUACGGUCAAACUGGCGCAGGGAAAUCUUAUUCUAUGAUGGGUUAUGGAGAAGAGAAAGGCAUUAUACCUCUCACCUGUUGUGAAUUAUUUAACCGCAUAAAUAAUAACCAAGAUCCUAAUCUCACAUAUCAAGUACAAGUCUCUUAUAUUGAAAUUUACAAUGAGCGGGUUAGAGACUUAUUAAACCCUAAAAACAAAGGCAAUCUUAAAGUCAGAGAACAUCCGGCUUUAGGUCCAUAUGUAGAAGAUUUGUCAAAGCUAAUAGUUAACUCUUUUAAUGAUAUUGAGAAUUUAAUGGACGAGGGUAACAAGGCGAGAACAGUAGCUGCAACAAAUAUGAAUGAAACAUCAAGUCGGUCGCAUGCUGUAUUUACCUUAUUAGUAACACAGAAAAGGCAUGACACUCAAACAAAUAUGGAUACUGAGAAAGUAGCUCGCAUUAGUCUUGUGGAUUUGGCUGGUUCAGAACGUGCUAAUUCAACUGGUGCAACUGGAACUCGGCUAAAAGAAGGAGCAAACAUCAACAAAUCACUAACAACAUUGGGUAAAGUUAUUGCCUCUUUAGCUGAACAGUCGUCUGGCGAUAAAAAAAAGGGCAAGAAAGAAGUUUUUGUCCCAUAUAGAGAUUCUGUUUUAACUUGGUUGUUGAAAGACAGUUUAGGUGGUAACUCUAAAACCGCCAUGAUUGCUGCCAUUUCUGCAGCUGAUUAUGAUGAAACGCUUAGUACCUUACGUUACGCUGAUGCGGCUAAACGUAUUAAGAACAAAGCUGUUGUUAACGAAGAUCCCAAUGCAAGACUCAUUCGUGAACUCAAAGAAGAAUUACAGAUGUUGCGUAGUAAACUUGGCGGCGAUGCCUCUUAUGAUUCAAGUGAACCUUAUGAUCCCAGUGUUCCUCCUUCUCAACAAGUUGUUGUACUUCAGGAUAAAAACGGAAAUACUAUAAAGAAGACAAAAGAGGAAUUAAUCGAUCAAAUUCAAGCUUCUGAAAAAUUAAUGGAUGAAGUUAAUGAAUCUUGGGCGGAAAAAAUACGAAAAACCGAAGAAAUCCAAAAAGAACGUGAAAAGACAUUGGAAGAACUUGGUAUUAUGGUUGAAAAGAAUGCUGUUGGCGUACAUCCUCCUAAGAAAGUACCGCAUCUUGUCAAUCUCAAUGAGGAUCCUCUCAUGUCAGAAUGCUUAGUUUACCAAAUAAAACCUGGAAAAACACGAAUUGGUCGUCUAGAGUCUGAUACUCAUUCUGAUAUACGUUUAAGUGGUGAGAAUAUAAUAGAUGAGCAUUGUUAUUUUGAAAAUAUAGAUGGAGUUGUUACGCUGUAUCCUCACGAAGACAGUACGACAAUGGUAAAUGGCAUGCGUAUAAAUAAACCAAAAAAAUUGAAAUCCGGGUUUCGUAUCAUUCUUGGAGAUUUCCAUGUGUUCCGUUUUAAUAAUCCUGAAGAAGUUAGGCGCGAACGAGCGAAAUCGAAACAACUCAGCAUAAGUAUUAGUGGACCAAUAACUCCAAAUGGAAAUGGAGAGGAUAGCGCUAAAGCACCAGAUUCUCCUACAUCUACAGCUUCUUUGAUGUCAGAAGCGGUCAUAGAUUGGAACUAUGCAAGGAGAGAAGUAGCAAUUAAUUGUUUAAACUCUGGAACUGAUACUAACUUAAAUACGCUCGGGACUUUACCAGAUGAAUAUUUACAUAGGUUGAUGGAUGAUCUCAAAAAAAUUCAAAGUGCUCGGAGAACUCGACCUGAUAGUAGAAGUAGUGAUUUUGAUGAUAGCUCUAAUGAUGAAAUAUACUCCCAGGAUAUACCAGCUGAAUUAGAAAAUAAACUUAAAGUAGUUAAGGAUGAAAUGCAGCAACAACUUGAUUUGCAAAAACAGGAAUAUAGGGAGAAGUUAGAUGAAUUAGAAAAAUCAACCCUUGAAGCUGAUGAAUUAAAAGCCGAGAAAGCGCAAUUACAAGAAAAACUUGACAUGAUUCAAAAAGAAAUGCAAAUGAUUCAAGCUCAGGAUCAACGCAAAGAGAAAAGAUCGUCUCAUACUCCCCAUGAAGGAUACAACUCAGCGCCUGAUCCUCCUUAUACUGAAGAAGAAUUACGUUUAAUUCAUAUGGCCCUCAAGAAAUGGAAACGUCAGAGAUUCGUACAAAUGGCCGAAACAAUUCUUAGUAAUGCAGUAAUAUUGAAAGAAGCCAAUGUUAUAAGUAAAGAACUUGAAAAAAAAAUUCUUUAUCAAUUUACUAUUAUAGAAGAUGAGCCCUACACUAAUCCAGUAUCAUUAUGGGAAAGCACAAGUGCACUUAACCAAUUUUAUAACAACGAGGAUUCAUCACUGCAUGCCUCUAAAAAGCCUUGUGUUGGAGUUAAGGUUAUUGACACAAAGAACGAUGUUGUUUAUGUAUGGUCUCUUGACAAGCUUAAAGCUCGUUUACAAAAAAUGCGUAAUUUAUAUAAUUUCAUUGACCGUCCCCAAUAUAGUAAACAUUUCAAUUGGGAAGAUCCAUUUUAUGAAAAUCCUUGUCCAAGCUUCACCUUCAUUGGCAGUGCUAGCGUAGGAUUAACAUCUUUACUUAUGAAAACUGAAUAUGAACAAAAUGCACCUGUAGUUUGCAGAUACUCCGGCAAAGUUUAUGGGUAUUGUAAAGUGCAUAUUAAAUUCCUGACUGAUUUUGAGGAUACAACCUCAAAAGAUCCACAAGUCAUUGAUAAACAAAAGGAGAUUUCUACAAAAUUAUCAAUUGGUAGCCAAGUAGUUUUUGAAGUAACAAUUUUGGAACUCACUGGCAUAAAAGAAUCACAAUUCAGCCAAGUUCAUGUACAAUUUAAGUUAUCCUCCUUCGGUAAUGUUCAUCCUUUAACACAAAGCGAACAUAUAUAUGCGACAGAUCCUGUAAGUGAAUUCGGAAAUAAUCCAAUUACUUAUAAUUAUGAAAAAACUUUAAAGAUGGUUGUUUCUCCUGCAAUGAUGGAAGUGCUUACCAGUGGCACGUUGACAUUCGAAGUAUUCGGUCAUGCAAAACGUUGUAUAUUGGAGGAUAUGGAGCGGUGGGAUGGUCAUAACGAGCGACCACUUCAUCGUAGUGUCAAUGGAAUCGGUUUAUCUGAAACUUCAACUUCUAGAGAACGACGUUCUGAGGAUGAAUUAGUCGCUGAGGAAAAACAUGAUGUAGUGGCCUGGGUUCAAGUUUGUGAACUUGCUCCAACGGGAGAGUAUGUACCGGUACAAGUUCUGUCUCAAAAUCCUCUAGAUCCCGGUGCUUUCUUUUUACGACAAGGUUUACAACGACGUAUUAUACUUACAUUAACACAUAAUUCUGGUCAGCAAUUUCCUUGGAGUAAAAUCACAAAGAUGGAAAUAGGACGAGUUCGAUUAUUAGAUGGAAAAGGAAGAUUAUCUGAAUCACCAGUACAAAAUGAUAUACAAAUGAACCUGUUGCUGGCUCAAAAUCCUCAAUUUAAUGCAGAUGGCACUAGCGUGAUAAUUGCUAAAGCUUCAUGGGACAGUACGCUUCAUGAUUCUAUAUUUCUUAAUAGGACUACUCAAUCAAAUAGUCGUGUUUUAUUAGGUUUAAAUUGGCAUGUUGAAGCUGAAAAAUGUGUUGAACCAAUUUCUUUCCAUAUGGAUAUUGCAGUGCAAAUCCAAGGUCGUGAAGCUCGACCACCAUCAAAGUUAAUUCAAUUGUUAAAUCAAUCGAAGGUUUUAUGGAAAACUAGUGGUCUAUUCUCAGUAGUUCUUAAGCCACCCAUGACUCGUAAAAUUUCUGAACUAUGGAGAUUAAAUACAGCUAAUAAAUAUGUUCGUGGUGAAGAAUUUUUGGGUAAUUGGAAACCUCGUGGGGUAUCACUUGUUAAGGACUAUAAAACAAUUAGCGAACGUAUUCGUAGGUUAGAAGCCGUCGAAUGUACGAAGCAAGUUCUUGCUUUACACGGAGCACGCAAAGGAUCUUCUGAUGAAAAACCUGAAAGUUGUUCUAACUCUGAUGAUUUGGCCAAAAAAGCUGUUACACUUUGGAAUAAAAAGUGGGGUAUAAAUAAAGAGAUUGUCAUAAAUCAAGAACCCCCUCUUUCGGGACCGCAUCAAGAUACAGAUUCUUGGAAAACCACCAAACCAUCUAAAUUGGUUGCACAAGUUCGAAUGGUUGCCAAAACGGAUACAAUAACCAAAAAGGGUCAUUUACUUACACCGGAAAAUGCGGGAGAAAAUUGGGUAAAGCGUUGGUUUGUCUUGAGAAGACCGUACCUCUUUAUCUAUGAGUCUCAAAAAGAAACGGUAGAGCAAGGUGUCAUUAAUCUCUCAUCGGUUAGAGUUGAUUAUCAAAAAUGUACAGAGGAAAUGUUACAGCGACAAAAUGUAUUUGCAAUAUAUACGAAUAAUAAUUCAUAUAUGCUGCAAGCUUCUACAAAGCAGGAGAUGGGUGACUGGAUUUCAAAGAUUGAUCAAUUUUAUCAAAUCGAUGCGUUGGACCUAAAAAGUAAAACUCCUUCGAUGGACAAAGAGUAAAUAAUUAUAAUUUUUUAUUAUGUAAAAUUUGUAUUAAAAUCCUUUCACAUUUGAUAAUUCACGAUUAUAUAUAUAUAUUUUUUUUGUUAUAAUAUAGAAUAAAUUUGUAAACGUAGCCAUCGAUAUUAUUUUUUUGAUUUAGACUGCUUUUGGUGGAUUAAGUAUAUAUAUUAUUUAUUUUAUUUUACUUUAUUUUUAUUUUAUUUUAUUUAUAUGUAUGAAUGUAUAUGUCAUCAUACACAAAAAAGAAAUUAAUAUAAAAUCGGUACAUUUACUUAGACUAAUUUUUCAAGUCGUAAUAAUUUUAAGGUUUAAAAUUGUCCGGGCUGAAAAUUUCGAAUUUUACUAUAUGA